AUGACACAGCGCUCGGACGCGCGGCUAAAACGAGUGCUACGCCCGGCGUCAGUGUCAUCCGUCAUAUUCCAUGCUCUUCGUCCGAUCGAGUUUGAGUGGAUCAAUGCGACGCGGGCGCCACCGGGUCUGCAAGCCGGUUUCUUGGCGCAGGAAGUAGCCACGUGGUUACCCCACCUUGUGUCGGCCGACAGCAACGGCAUGCUCUCGAUGAACUACAUCGGGCUUAUCCCGUACGUUGUCUCCCAUGUUCAAGAGCUCGACAUGCAGCUGCAAGCGUGUGAGAGCCGCCUCAGCGACCAAUCCACUUCUCUCCAAGAGCAACUCAAGAUGGCGACGGCAGCCAACGCCGAGCUUUUGCAACGGUUGUCGGUCCUCGAGCAGCAGGUAGCCGCCGACGCAGCGCAGAUGCAUCAACGGCUUGCGUCGCUCGAAACUGCAGUCGCAGGACUCGAAGGUAGCACGAAGACCGCAUUAGCAGUGUAG